AUUUUGGUUUUCUCAAGGAAAUAAUGCAAUUUUUCAUUAUAAUCCUAUAUCUGAUGACAUCAAUUCCUCCAAUAUUCACCGCAUCACCGUAUGAAAGAUUCUGCCGUCACGUGAAAUCAGGCGAUUGCUUAGCUGUUGAUAUGUGGUUUGGACAAUACAAAGCUCAACGUCUGUUUCCGAUGAAAUGUAGUAAAAUUCCGUGCCCAGAAGGUUCUAAGUGUGAUGACGGCGAGGCAUGCUGGAAAGAAAUCAAAGAAUUGAACAAGUUUCAUCUUGUUAAAUUGAUCGAUGGGCAGUGGAAGUGA